AUGAAUCUUUCUGACUUGUCAUAUGUGCUGCACCCGCUGCAGGCGGCGAUCCGGGACGGCUUUGUGCGCGUCAACGAGGGGGUUCCCUCCAAGCCCGGCCUUGCGCUGCGGCCGGGGGACGUUGUGGCCUGCCGCCUGCCGCCGCUGCCCUCCCUGGAAGCCUCACCAGAGGACAUUCCUCUGGACGUGGUGUACGAGGACGACCAUCUGCUGGUCAUCAACAAAGCGGCCGGCAUGGUGAUCCACCCUGCACCGGGCAAUUACACCGGCACACUUGUAUCCGCUCUGCUGCACCGAUUCGGCCUGCCCAGCGUGCGGCUCAGCGCCGAUGACUCGCCUGGUGAUGAGUUAGAGGCGGCUGAGAGCGAGGAUGGAGAUGAGGAGAGGGCUGUGCCUUGGGCUCUGCCAGAGACCCCAAUGAGUGUUGGGCAGUCAGGGGACGUGAUUCGACCGGGCAUUGUGCACCGGCUGGACAAGGGCACAACGGGGCUGAUGGUGGCUGCGAAGGAUGAGCGGACGCUGACUGGACUGGCCGCCCAGUUCAAGGCGCACACAGUGCAGAGGGUGUAUCACGCGAUCGUGCUGGGCGUGCCUAAAGAGGCGGAGGGAGUUAUUGAGACGAACAUUGGGCGGGAUAUACGGGACCGGAAGAAGAUGGGCGUCUUUUCCUACAUGGGCCGUCACGCGGUGAGCGGCUACAGGGUGAUUGAGCCGUUGGCAGGGGACAGCGCAGCGUACACAGCGUGGCGGCUGCAGACUGGCAGGACCCACCAGAUCCGCGUGACAAAUGACCAUCGGUGGACCAGUGUUGAAAGCCACCCGCUGCUGGGGGACGACACCUAUGGGGGGGCCGGGGGAACCGCAGUGGCCGCCAUCGGCCGCGGCAAGGGCGCCCGGCAGGUGGUGGCGCACAGAGUGCUCAAGCUGCUGGCGCGGCCGGCGCUGCAUGCUAAGACACUAGGCUUUGUGCACCCUGUCACAAAAGAGGCGCUCAGCUUCACCUCGGAGCUCCCAACCGAUUUUGCUACAGUCCUCGAGGAACUGAGAAACUUGGAUUAGACAAGCGUCGGUGUCGGAAUUGCAGAUGCUGUAAGAAGUUGUCAGGUACUGCUGGCGGCAGGUCAUAUUGUUUUGCUGCAUGACAGUGCCAUUAGCUAAUAGAGAGGGAAGCUCAAGAGCUAAUUUUGAGGAAAAGCAGAUAAUGUCAGUUACAAUUGUUGUCCAAUGGUAUUUGAAAAAUUAAUUUGUCC